GCUACCACCUGAGGCACCUUGAGGUGUGUCAGAGUUGAAAGGUAUUAUCUGCAGUCUGGUUUCCACUGUAGUGUCAUCCGUUUAGCUAUCAGGCAUUAAGCUACUUACCACAGUCAAACCCUGGUAGAAUAUUAUAUUAAAAAAGAAUAAAAUGGAAAUGCUUAGUUUAUGUAAUAAUACUAAUAUAUACAUCUGCAAUGUAUAGAUAUGUUUAAGCAUCCAAAGGGCAGUUAAUACACAGAGGUCGAUCAAAAAUUAUAGCAUAUUGAAUAUUCACACCAGUCAGCAAAAGCCAAAAUUAAAUUAGCAAUAAAUGAUAUUGAAAAUAUAAAAGAAAGUAAAUUUAUUUAUUAUCAUAUCAAAUCACAUUUAACUGGGAGUAAACAGAGCAUCACAAGCAAGUUGAUCUGAAUUAAUCACAGGUAACAGAGAAAUGACGUGGUUUCUCCAUCAUGUAGCCCAAUCAUAAUCUAUCCUUUCUAUCUGUCAAAUAAACAGAAGGAUAACUGAUAUUAGCUGUUCUUUGCCACUGAUAGUGUUGCAGUAGCUUAAAGAAGACAACAAAUUGGCUAAGUCUUUACCAGACAUUUUCUUUCCGACCUGUGACAGUAAGCUUUUACCACACCACAGCUACCACAGGUGAGAUACUGAGGUUAAUCCAAUCAGGAUAAUGACACCCAAAGUUCCUCCAUAUGGAGACAGACUGUGAGGGUAAAAAAAGCUUGACUGUAGGUCUUGUCUGAAUUAAUAAACACAUAAAAUUUUUAAUGUAGGGUAGUUAAGCACUGUAGGAAAGAAAGCACCCACAGUGAAUUGGAUUAGAAGAAGGCAACACAUACAUUUCAACACAUACAUAGCUCAUAUUAAAAGACGCAGACUGUGUAAAGCACACUAUCACUAAACAUUAUCUGCUGUAGUUAAUAUAUUUAACACUCUAAAAUCAGUACACGUUAUUGUUUUUAUAUACACAGACAUUUCUCAUAUUUCAGGUAUGAUUUGUGUGUUUGCUCAUGAUUAACUUUUCUUCAGACUUUAAAAGCUGAGCGAACGUAAUUCCCUUUCUCGAGUAAGGAUUAAGAGAAUUCCUCCGGACUUGGAAAGGGGAGCAAAUUAGUUUGGACCCUGUCCUGUCUAUCCGGUGUUAAGAUUAAUUAGUGACCUCUUAGCUUCUGCACUACCUCACAACCCGCUAAUCCCAUUUUGGCUGUUUGACAGGGUUAGUGGAGAGGUAUAAAAAUCACAGGGUGUAACUUGAAACAUCGUCACCGUCCACACAAGUAGACUUUUUACACAGACACAACUAAACAGCUGACUAGCAAAGAUGGCUUGGGAUGGAGGAAUUGAGCCCAAUGGCACUGAAGGCAAGAACUUCUACAUUCCCAUGUCCAACAGGACUGGGAUUGUUAGAAGUCCUUUUGAGUACACUCAGUAUUAUAUGGUAGACCCGAUAAUUUACAAAGUUCUAGCUUUCUACAUGUUCUUCCUGAUCUGCACUGGGACUCCCAUCAACGGCCUGACAUUGUUCGUAACUGCUCAGAACAAGAAGCUCCGGCAACCUCUCAACUAUAUCCUGGUCAACCUGGCUGUGGCUGGACUCAUCAUGUGCUGCUUUGGAUUCACCAUCACCAUCACAUCAGCUCUUAAUGGCUACUUCAUUCUUGGACCCACCUUCUGUGCUAUUGAGGGAUUCAUGGCCACACUUGGAGGUGAAGUUGCUCUCUGGUCACUUGUUGUCCUGGCUGUUGAGAGAUACAUUGUGGUCUGCAAACCCAUGGGAAGCUUCAAGUUCUCUGGAGCUCAUGCUGGUGCUGGAGUUUUCUUCACAUGGGUCAUGGCAAUGGCUUGUGCUGCACCUCCACUCUUUGGCUGGUCCAGGUACAUUCCUGAGGGAAUGCAGUGUUCCUGUGGUCCUGACUACUACACACUGGCUCCAGGUUUCAACAAUGAGUCAUAUGUCAUCUACAUGUUUGUUGUUCACUUCUUCGUUCCUGUCUUCAUCAUUUUCUUCACUUAUGGAAGCCUUGUGAUGACAGUCAAAGCUGCAGCAGCACAGCAGCAGGACUCAGCUUCUACCCAGAAAGCUGAGAAGGAAGUGACCCGUAUGUGUGUCUUGAUGGUCAUGGGCUUCCUGGUAGCUUGGACACCGUAUGCUAGCUUUGCUGGUUGGAUUUUCAUGAACAAGGGAGCUUCUUUCACUGCCCUCACUGCAGCCCUCCCUGCUUUCUUUGCAAAGAGCUCCGCUUUGUACAACCCUGUUAUCUACGUGCUAAUGAACAAACAGUUUCGUAACUGCAUGCUAUCCACCAUUGGAAUGGGCGGCAUGGUGGAGGAUGAGACCUCAGUUUCAACAAGCAAGACAGAGGUGUCCUCUGUGUCUUAAUCCUGAUGGCAUCUUCAGAUCUAUGGACAUUGAUGAUUGCUUCCAGAUUUUAGAACAUCCCAUUAGAAUCAUUUUGCCAAAUGGAUUUAACAAAUGGAGUCUGGACCAAAAACACUAAGGAAUUCUAUGUUAUCUGUGAACUAACAGAAAGGCAAAUGCAUUUUCUGUUGGGAUGAUGUUGUACAGCAAUUGUGUGUCUGUGUGCAUGUGAGAGCAUUUGAGAGAGUGAAUAUGAGUGAACUUGUAAACGAAAAACACCUCAAACUGUAAACCUGCUGAAAUGUGACACUUGUACCUGAUGAAUGUACAAUCACAUGUUGAUUGUUUUCAUGCAAUUACUUGGGGGAGCAUAUAUUUCACUGGUCUACCAGUGGUGUUAUUUUUAUGCAUUAUAUGAAAAGGAAAAAAAAAUAUA